AUGCCGGGACUCAGAAACAGGGGACAAGAUGAAAGUGGUCCCACUUCUGUUCCUUCUCUUGAUAGGGGUAUUCAAGGAAGUGCAAACAACAAAUUCCACAAGCUCCCCCUCAACACCAGCACAAUCAUCAACAUCAGUGCCCAUCACAACAUCACCUCAACCAUCUCCUUCAACAUCACAGUCUAUGACACCAUCUCCAUCCUCAUCAUCAGUAACCAUAACAACACAGGCUUCACCAUCAGUCUCUGUCUCUGCUUCCUCUACACCUGCAGCUACAUCUCCAUCAUCUGCUUCAGAAGCCACCACAUCCCCCGUACCAUCAACACCAAAUCCCACAUCAUCAGCUACAUCUCCAACAUCUGCUUCAGAAGCCACCACAUCCCCUGUACCAUCAACACCAAAUCCCACAUCAUCAUCUGGUACACCACAAACGAAUGCUACCACAUUUACAUUCACAAAUGGCUCCCCCUCAACACCAGCACAAUCAUCAACAUCAGUGCCCGUCACAACAUCACCUCAACCAUCUUCUUCAACAUCACAGUCUAUGACACUAUCUCCAUCCUCAUCAUCAGUAACCAUAACAACACAGGCUUCACCAUCAGUCUCUAUCUCUGCUUCCUCUACACCUGCAGCUACAUCUCCAACAUCUGCUUCAGAAGCCACCACAUCCCCCGUACCAUCAACACCAAAUCCCACAUCAUCAGCUACAUCUCCAACAUCUGCUUCAGAAGCCACCACAUCCCCCGUACCAUCAACAACAAAUCCCACAUCAUCAUCAGACUCCUCCUCAACACCAGCACAAUCAUCAACAUCAGUGCCCAUCACAUCAUCACCUCAACCAUCUCCUUCAACAUCACAGUCUAUGACACUAUCUCCAUCCUCAUCAUCAGUAACCAUAACAACACAGGCUUCAUCAUCAGUCUCUAUCUCUGCCUCCCCUACACCUGCAGCUACAUCUCCAACAUCUGCUUCAGAAGCCACCACAUCCCCCGUACCAUCAACACCAAAUCCCACAUCAUCAGGCUCCCCCUCAACACCAGCACAAUCAUCAACAUCAGUGCCCAUCACAACAUCACCUCAACCAUCUUCUUCAACAUCACAGUCUAUGACACCAUCUCCUUCCUCAUCAUCAGUAACCAUAACAACACAGGCUUCACCAUCAGUCUCUGUCUCUGCUUCCUCUACACCUGCAGCUACAUCUCCAACAUCUGCUUCAGAAGCCACCACAUCCCCCGUACCAUCAACACCAAAUCCCACAUCAUCAGGCUCCCCCUCAACACCAGCACAAUCAUCAACAUCAGAGCCCAUGACAACAUCAGCUCAACCAUCUCCUUCAACAUCACAGUCUAUGACACUAUCUCCAUCCUCAUCAUCAGUAACCAUAACAACACAGGCUUCAUCAUCAGUCUCUAUCUCUGCCUCCCCUACACCUGCAGCUACAUCUCAAACAUCUGCUUCAGAAGCCACCACAUCCCCCGUACCAUCAACACCAAAUCCCACAUCAUCAGGCUCCCCCUCAACACCAGCACAAUCAUCAACAUCAGUGCCCAUCACAACAUCACCUCAACCAUCUUCUUCAACAUCACAGUCUAUGACACCAUCUCCUUCCUCAUCAUCAGUAACCAUAACAACACAGGCUUCACCAUCAGUCUCUGUCUCUGCUUCCUCUACACCUGCAGCUACAUCUCCAACAUCUGCUUCAGAAGCCACCACAUCCCCCGUACCAUCAACACCAAAUCCCACAUCAUCAUCAGGCUCCCCCUCAACACCAGCACAAUCAUCAACAUCAGUGCCCAUCACAACAUCACCUCAACCAUCUUCUUCAACAUCACAGUCUAUGACACCAUCUCCUUCCUCAUCAUCAGUAACCAUAACAACACAGGCUUCACCAUCAGUCUCUGUCUCUGCUUCCUCUACACCUGCAGCUACAUCUCCAACAUCUGCUUCAGAAGCCACCACAUCCCCAGUACCAUCAACACCAAAUCCCACAUCAUCAGGCUCGCCCUCAACACCAGCACAAUCAUCAACAUCAGUGCCCAUCACAACAUCACCUCAACCAUCUCCUUCAACAUCACAGUCUAUGACACCAUCUCCUUCCUCAUCAUCAGUAACCAUAACAACACAGGCUUCACCAUCAGUCUCUGUCUCUGCUUCCUCUACACCUGCAGCUACAUCUCCAUCAUCUGCUUCAGAAGCCACCACAUCCCCCGUACCAUCAACACCAAAUCCCACAUCAUCAGGCUCGCCCUCAACACCAGCACAAUCAUCAACAUCAGUGCCCAUCACAACAUCACCUCAACCAUCUUCUUCAACAUCACAGUCUAUGACACCAUCUCCUUCCUCAUCAUCAGUAACCAUAACAACACAGGCUUCACCAUCAGUCUCUGUCUCUGCUUCCUCUACACCUGCAGCUACAUCUCCAACAUCUGCUUCAGAAGCCACCACAUCCCCCGUACCAUCAACACCAAAUCCCACAUCAUCAGGCUCCCCCUCAACACCAGCACAAUCAUCAACAUCAGUGCCCAUCACAACAUCACCUCAACCAUCUUCUUCAACAUCACAGUCUAUGACACCAUCUCCUUCCUCAUCAUCAGUAACCAUAACAACACAGGCUUCACCAUCAGUCUCUGUCUCUGCUUCCUCUACACCUGCAGCUACAUCUCCAACAUCUGCUUCAGAAGCCACCACAUCCCCCGUACCAUCAACACCAAAUCCCACAUCAUCAGGCUCGCCCUCAACACCAGCACAAUCAUCAACAUCAGUGCCCAUCACAACAUCACCUCAACCAUCUUCUUCAACAUCACAGUCUAUGACACCAUCUCCUUCCUCAUCAUCAGUAACCAUAACAACACAGGCUUCACCAUCAGUCUCUGUCUCUGCUUCCUCUACACCUGCAGCUACAUCUCCAACAUCUGCUUCAGAAGCCACCACAUCCCCAUUACCAUCAACACCAAAUCCCCACAUCAUCAGCGUCCCAACUUCAGCACGAACGACAACCUCUACCAUAGACUCCUCCUCAACACAAGCACAAUCAUCAAUAUCAGUACCCAUGACAACAUCACCUCAACCAUCUCCUUCAACAUCACAGUCUAUGACACUAUCUCCAUCCUCAUCAUCAGUAACCAUAACAACACAGGCUUCAUCAGCCUCUAUCUCUGCCUCCUUUACACCUGCAGCUACAACCUCAAUAUUUCCUUCAGGAGCCACAACAUCCCAAAUAAUCUCAAUACUAAAUGCUAUAUCAACAUCAGCUCCCCCCUCAACACCAGCACAAUCAUCAACAUCAGUGCCCAUCACAACAUCACCUCAACAAUCUCCUUCAACAUCACAGUCUAUGACACCAUCUCAUUCCUCAUCAUCAGUAACCAUAACAACACAGGCUUCACCAUCAGUCUCUGUCUCUGCUUCCUCUACACCUGCAGCUACAUCUCCAACAUCUGCUUCAGAAGCCACCACAUCCCCCGUACCAUCAACACCAAAUCCCACAUCAUCAGAAGCCACCACAUCCCCCGUACCAUCAACACCAAAUCCCACAUCAUCAUCAGGUACACCACAAACAAAUGUCACAACACUUGGAAACUCACCACAAUGCCUGCUUCUAUGUCACCUUCAUCAUCAACAACACAACUAACAUCAGAACUCACCACAACAGCUGUUUCUAUGUCAGCAUCACCAACAACACAACUAAAAUCAGAACUCACCACAACAGCUGCUUCUAUGUCAGUAUCACCAACAACACAACUAACAUCAGAACUCACCACAACAGCUGCUUCUAUGUCAGCAUCACCAACAACACAACUAAAAUCAGAACUCACCACAACAGCUGUUUCUAUGUCAACAUCACCAACAACACAACUAACAUCAGAACUCACCACAACAGCUGCUUCUAUGUCAACAUCACAACUAACAUCAGAACUCACACCAACUUCAACCGCAACCUUGGACCCCACCACAUUUCACACUCUAACAUCGGAACCAGCAAAAACAACUUCUCUAACAUCAACAUCCACCACUAAUGUUUCGACGAUGGCUACUGCCCCUACAACUGCUGCUCCCACAGAUUCCCCUACAACUGCUGCUCCCACAGAUUCCCCCAAAGCUACUGCUGCCUCUACAACUGGUGCCCCUACAACUGCUGCUCCAACAGCUGCCUCUACAACAGCUGCCCCUACAACUGCUGCUCCUACAACAGCUGCCCCUACAACUGCUGCCCCUUCAACUGCUGCCCCUAUAACAGCUGCCCCUACAACUGCUGCCCCUUCAACUGCUGCUCCUACAACAGCUGCCCCUACAACUGCUGCCCCUACAACAGAACUAAAUACUGAUUCAGCGAGUGGAGAUGAAGGCAGCCUCAAUCUGGGUUUUAGUCUUAAUCGGACGUUCACUUCCGACCUUUCUGAUCCAACCACAGCUGUAUUUAAAGCACUUUUAAUAGAAGUAGUGACAAAACUGAAUGCAAUUUUUCGAGCACAAUUUCCGAGCACAUUCCGGCGCUCCAGGGUCCUAAGCUUUGCGUCAGGGUCAAUCGUUGUUUCCUCAGAGCUUGUGUUUCAAAAUAAAGCUUCAGUUCCAGAUGCUAUCAAUGUGGAAUCAGCUUUGAGCAGCUCAACUACCCUGAACAUAAUACAAGGCACCAUCAGUGCAAGUUCUACAACAACUACUUCGGCUCCUAACACAACUACAACAGCGGCGACCACAGCCACGAACACAACAGCUAGUUCUGCUCCACCAGCCAAAUUGGUGUCGGCUCUCACUCUGGCUCUCACCAUGUUGCUCCUUUCUCUGCAAAAUCUGACCUUCUUAUAAAAGCUUGAUAGAUAAGAAGAUAAUAGAUAAGUAAUGUAGAUUAACAUGUGCAUGUGACCUAUACUGUAUGAGGUAAUGCAGAUUAACAUGUGCAUGUGACCUAUAUGAAGUUCGGGCAUGUGGUAAGAUAAAUCAAAAACCUGUACUAGAGAGCUGUACAGUUAGCUAUGCUAUGAUGACAUCUGUGUAUAAGCAGUGUAUGACAGGCAGGCAAAAUGCUACUUGUUGAAUUAUGAUUGUUAUAUUCUUUUUCUAUUAUGUAUUUAUAUCUACUUCUAAAAUAUUAAAAAUGCUAUUAAAGACUAACUUAUGCUAUUGUAGCCUACUGUAAAGCUGCAACAUUAUAAAAACUUCAGCUAUGGUUCAGACAAGAUCCGUGCAUAUAUUGUAAUCUUUGCUUAUCAUCAUUAAGAAGAAAAUAAAACUGCUUCGUUUAUUGCAACUGCA